UCUUUCAUCUCCAACAGCCCUGCCCAGCUCUUAGCCAUACUCACUUUAAUUUUCUGGAUCGUCCUCAUCACAUACAGCAGGGCAUUCGCCGUACAUGGAAACUCAACUAAAGUUCGAUCACAAGGCGGCAAAGGUGAACUUCUCUGAGCCGAGAGGAUUCGCCACCACCCUCCGAUCCGAUCUGAAAGAGACCUUCUUUCCCGACGACCCCUUACGCCGCUUUCGCGACGAAGAAAAGCCGCUCCGUCGCGCCAAGAAAGUUGCCAAGUACUUCGUUCCGAUCUUCGAAUGGCUUCCGAAUUAUAAUUUGCGUCUUUUUCGAAUGGACUUGAUUGCUGGCCUCACCAUCACCAGUCUUGCUAUCCCUCAGGGAAUCAGUUACGCCAAACUCGCCAACAUUCCUGCCAUCAUUGGUCUUUACUCGAGCUUUGUACCGCCGCUUAUAUACGCGGUGUUCGGUGACUCAAAGCAUUUAGCGGUGGGGACAGUGGCCGCGUGCUCAUUGCUCAUCGCUGAAACCAUCGGGAAGGUGGCGUCGCCGGUUUUGGAGCCAACAUUGUACCUUCAUUUGGUCUUUACUGCCGCCUUCGUUACCGGCAUCUUUCAAUCACUUAUAGGAUUUCUAAGAUUGGGAGUGUUGGUGGACUUUUUAUCGCAUUCUACUAUUACUGGCUUCAUGGGAGGAACCGCCAUCAUAAUUUGCCUUCAACAGCUCAAAGGCUUCUUGGGAUUGAAACAUUUCACGACCAAAACCAACGUCGUAUCUGUGGUUCAUGCAAUCAUCAUUAAUCGACAUGAGUGGAGGUGGGAGAGUGCACUAGUGGGCACAAUUUUCCUUAUUUUUCUUCAAUUUACCAGAUAUAUUAAGCAAAAAAAGCCAAAGUUAUUUUGGGUUUCUGCGAUGAGCCCUAUGGUGGUCGUUAUCGUUGGCGGUGUAUUUGCUUAUUUGAUCCAUGGAGCGGAGCAUGGGAUACAAACCGUGGGUGAUCUGAAGAAAGGCAUAAAUCCAAUUUCCAUUCAUUAUUUGAACUUUGACUCCAAAUAUCUACCAGCGGUUCUGAAAGCUGGGAUUGUCACGGGUUUCGUUGCUUUGGCUGAAGGAAUAGCUAUUGGAAGGAGCUUUGCUAUCAUGAAUAACUUACAAGUUGAUGGGAAUAAGGAAAUGAUUGCCUUUGGCUUCAUGAACAUUAUUGGCUCUUUCACUUCAUGCUAUUUGACUACCGGGCCAUUUUCGAAGACGGCGGUGAAUUACAACGCUGGGGCGAAGACGGCAAUGUCGAACGUAAUAAUGGCAGUGUUUAUGGCGUUGACGCUACGGUUCUUGGCUCCUCUGUUCAGCCACACGCCGCUGGUUGCUCUAUCAGCCAUUAUCAUGUCUGCCAUGCUUGGCCUCAUCAACUACGAAGAGGCUAUUCACCUCUUCAAAGUCGACAAGUUUGAUUUCUGUAUUUGCAUGGUUGGCUUCUUAGGAGUUGCCUUUAUUAGCAUGGACAUCGGCCUCAUGCUCUCUGUGGGACUUGGCUUACUCAGAGCUCUUCUAUACGUGGCUAGACCCGCCAGUUGCAAGCUUGGCAAAGUAGAAAACGCGACACUAUAUCGUGACACCGAGCAGUAUCCCGGUUCGACAAUUGUCCCGGGGAUACUAGUACUGCAACUAGGAUCCCCUAUUUACUUUGCAAAUUGUAACUAUAUAAGGGAAAGGAUUUUGAGGUGGAUCCGAGACGAGCAGUCGAAUUCGAACUCAGGGGAUGUGAUUGAGCAUGUUUUGCUCGAUUUGACAGGAGUUGCGACUAUUGAUGCGACUGGCAUUGAAACAUUGAUCGAGGUUUGCAGAUCCUUGUUUUCACAACAUAUUAAGAUGACGAUAGUGAACCCGAGGCUUAGGGUAAUGGAGAAGUUCGUACAGUCAAACUUCAUAGAGAAGAUUGGAAAGGAGAAUUUCUAUCUGUCAGUGGAGGACGCAGUAGACGCGUGUAAGUUUUCGCUUCAUGUGUCAAAGCAAAACGGCAACGUCUCUUCAGAACAACCCAAUGUGAACGAUGGAGAGCUCUAAAUAUGAUCAAGCUCAUAUAUAUAUAUAUAUAUUAUAUAUAGUUUCCUCUUGUACAUAUAUACUACUAAAGCUUGAAAUGGGGUCAAUAUUUAGAUCCUCGAUCGCUUUAAUUUGAUUUGAUGCUUGAGAUAUGUUGUCAAUCAAUUAUAUGCUAGCUAUAUUGUAACUGUUUCUUUUUUUUUUU